GCAGGAAGUGCAGCCGGGGCUCCGCGCCGGCCCGCGCGGUUCUGUCUUCAUUUUGCUGACUCAAACCACAGAUUCCAAGGAAAGGAGGGGAAGUGGAAUAAAAUACUCAAGUGCCAGAGGAAAAGCAAGACUAGCCAAUGAAAAUUACUAUUACUAAAUUGUAGAUUGCUCUCACACACAGUGGGGGGGGGGGGAAAUUGCUAUUCAAAGCUUACAAAAUUACUUUUGCAGAUUUCCCUCAUAAAACAUCAAAUAAGCUAAGCCACUUCAACCAGGGCUGAAUUAGGAAAUGGAAAUAUGAUUCCUUGCUGGUAUCUUCCAUCUUCCUCCCUCUUCGCAGUUUUUUUUUGUUUGGGGUAGGAAAUCCUGAACAAAUUGUAUGGCGUCAACCGGACUUACAGUUGAUGGUUAUGGAUGACAUAGGAACUUCAGAUUUACAUCUUUGCAAUAACACCUGAUGCAAACACUUAAAUGCAAAGCUUGAAAACUGCUCAUCAGCUAUGUUACCAGAACUUGUAGUAGCUAUUAUAGUUAUGCUUUCUCUGUUUUUCUAAGAUUUCAAGUGUGGGGUGAUGUCCGCUGGAAAGCAAGAGCAGAUAAGUCAUCUUUUAGGAUUGGAAACAGAAAUAAUAUGAGAAUGCCCAGAAGAGGCUUAGUAAUUCAAGCCAGGACUCGUUGGCUAUUGGUGGGCCUUGCUUUACUAUUCAGUUUAGUCUUGCUCAUGUAUUUGCUGGAGUGUGCUCCACAAACAGAUGGCAACGGAUCUCUGCCUGGUGUCGUAGGUGAAAGCAUGGGUAAAGAAUACUAUCAAGCUCUCUUGCAGGAGCAAGAAGAGCAUUAUCAGAACCGAGCUACGAGUCUGAAACGUCAGAUUGCCCAGCUAAAGCAAGAGCUUCAGGAAAUGAGUGACAAAUUGAAGUCCCUGCAGGAAAAAAAGAGCCCAAAGGUCAAUGGUAUGAACUACCAGGGCACCAAAGAACAAACAUCCAAUGAUCUCCUAGAGUUUCUUCAUUCCCAGAUCGACAAAGCUGAGGUGAGCGUGGGGGCCAAACUGCCUAGUGAGUAUGGAGUCAUUCCUUUUGAAAGCUUUACAUCCAUGAAAGUAUUCCAGUUGGAGAUGGGGCUCACUCGGCAUCCAGAAGAGAAACCCGUUAGAAAGGAUAAACGAGAUGAAUUGGUGGAAGUUAUCGAGGCUGGCCUAGAAGUUAUCAAUAAUCCAGAUGAAGAAGAUGGACAAGAUGAAGAUGAUGGAGUAGGAGACAGGCAGCUAUAUAGUGAAAAUGAUUUUUUAGAAGGUUACUAUCGUACAGAAAGAGAUAAGGGGACACAGUAUGAGCUGUUUUAUAAGAAGAUGGAUGGCAUGGAGUACAGGCAUGUCACCUUGUUCCGACCUUUUGGACCCCUCAUGAAAGUGAAGAGUGAAACAGUCGAUAUUUCUAGAUCGAUCAUUAACGUUAUUGUUCCUCUUGCUGGAAGAACUGAGGCAUUUGCACAAUUUAUGCAAAACUUUAGGGAUGUGUGUAUUCAUCAGGAUAAGCGUGUUCAUCUCACAGUGGUGUACUUUGGACAAGAUGGUCUAUCAGAAGUAAAAAGCAUCAUGGAAUCUGUAGCUAGAGAAACUGACUUCCACAAUUACACGCUUGUCUCUCUGAAUGAGGAAUUUAACCGAGGCCGAGGACUUGACAUGGGUGCCAGAGCCUGGGAAAAGGGCGAGGUCCUGAUGUUCUUCUGUGAUGUUGAUGUUUAUUUCACAGCCGAAUUCCUCAACAGCUGUCGCUUAAAUGCUGAGCCCGGGAAAAAGGUUUUCUAUCCUGUGGUAUUCAGCCUUUACAAUCCUGCUAUUGUCUAUGCCAACCAAGAUAUACCACCUCCUGUGGAGCAGCAAUUGGUACACAAGAAGGAUUCUGGCUUCUGGCGGGAUUUUGGCUUUGGGAUGACUUGUCAAUAUCGGACAGACUUUCUGACUGUUGGGGGAUUUGACUUGGAAGUGAAAGGCUGGGGCGGCGAGGACGUUCACCUGUACAGGAAGUACUUGCACGGCGAGCUGAUGGUGAUCAGGACGCCGGUGCCUGGGCUGUUCCACCUGUGGCACGAGAAGCACUGUGCGGACGAGCUGACCCCGGAGCAGUACCGCAUGUGCAUCCAGUCCAAAGCCAUGAACGAGGCGUCGCACUCGCACCUGGGCAUGCUGGUGUUCAGGGACGAGAUCGAGGCGCACCUCCGCAAGCAGGCCUACAGGACUAACAGCGAGGCCGUGGGCUGAAGGGCUCCCCGGGGCCCUCGGUGACUUCAAAUUCACAGUGAACCAGCAUCAUUUUACAGCCUUAAUUCAGCUUACAAAUGCAGUGCCUCUCUUUUUCAGUGAAGAAGAGUUUAGAGGGUUUUUCGUUCUCGUAUUUGUUUUCUGGGUAAUCCUUUGACUGAUAUGCUCUUACCUACGUAUCUUGUGAGCUCAAGCACCUCAGCUAAGUUGGACAGCAUAUGUAGUUGAAGGAAAGUGUCUUCAGUAUCAACUGGAAAAAUCUGUGGAAUGUACAAUUCAACACUUUUCCAUGUGGUACAUUUCUGUUCUUACAUUUGCAUUCUUUUGAGAAUUAAAUUAAAUAAUCUUU